AUGUCGCACUCUCUGGAGCCACCGCUGGUGCCUCCAUUACCUCCUGACCUUCUCUUCUUGGAUCCCUCUCCUCAGAUGCGGGAUGUCUUUCCUUCCCCUAAAUUUUCGUCUUCUCCUGUCGCGGAUGCAGCCAUGAAGGACGCUAUCAACUUGCCUCAGGCGAAAUCUUCUUCUGCUACAGAGGUCUUUUCAGAAAUUAAUAACUCUUUCAAAGAGCCAGAGAUUCUGAAUCCAAAUAUUGGAGAAAAUUUGAAGAACGGGGAAGCCUCUACAUCGAACACGCCCCUUCCUUCUGUUUCCUUUGGUACUGUGCCAAAGGUUUUAAACUCUAAAGAAAAUUCUCAAGUUCCUGCAGCUCCUUCUUUCAGUUGGGCUGAGCGUUCAAAGAAGGCAGGAAAAUUUCCAAAGUCUUCACUGCCGGUUACUCUAACAAAAGAAGGGGUUCCAAGGAUUAAGGUUCCAAAUGUCGUUUUCGAGCGAGGGGCCAACCUACAUUCUGAUUACAUUGUCGGGAUUUUCUAUGGCAAUGCGCCAUCCUAUGGUAAAAUUUGGGGUGUCCUAAACUUUCUCUGGGGAAAGGAUAGGAGGGUUACCAUUCAUAAUCUCACCGCCAACGCCUACCUCUUCUAUAUCCCGUCGCCCUCUCUGAGGCAAAAGGUCCUCCAACAUGAGCUUUGGAGAGUUGGGGACUCACCCUUUUUUGUGACGGAAUGGAAAGCGUCUUUUGCUUUGGAUCCUCCUUCGCUCCAAAAGGCUUCUGUCUGGGUAAAGCCUACAAAUGUCCCUUUUGAUCUUCCUACUGAUGAGGUCACAUACCCAUGGCUGCCUCCUCUUUGCCCAGUCUGCAACGAGCUUGGGCACAAAUCUCAGCUGUGUCCAGUAGCUAAGAAGGCCUCGGUAGACAAGGGUAAAGCUCCAAUGGACUCCGAAAAGUCUUACUCCAAACCAAAAAAGCAGGCAGGUGCUUCUUAUAUCCCUAAGAAGAAAGCGGGGACUUUGGUUAUUUCGGAUGGAGAAGUUGCUUUGGGGUCUAAUUUAAAGGAUCCAGUGGAUGAGAGCCAGGCUCGAUCUUCAGAUUUACCCUCUUCCUCUCAUUCCUAUGUGGAGGUCUGCAAAAGUAAUAUUGGCACUAUUAAUUCGUCUACUUGCCAAGUUCCUACAGUAGACCAUCUGUUGGAAGCUAAUCUUGGUAGCGACAAGGCACUAGUUCCUGCACAGAUUUUGGAGUCAAAUGAGAUUGGUAAUCAGGCCAUUCAGAAGAAGUCUGCUGAAGAUAUUUCCUUCACUACAGUCUCCAAAGCUGCCCGUCAAAGAGAUAUAAUCCCCAGAGAGAAAUCAAGGGUAUUAGUGACUUCUGCCAAUCCUUUUGCAGCCUUAGACUCAGAUGUAGUUUCUAACCCUGAUCAAUCUUCAAGUGAUGAUGCUUCUGAAGAUCAAGAAUGUCUUGUGGUGACCAAUUUCAUUCGGAGUAAUGAUUUCUAUUUGGCAUCUUCCUCCUCCUCUUCUGGUUCGAAGCAGCAGAAGAAUAAGAAAAGGAAACUUUCAAAGAGCAAGCUUAGGUUCAGAGUGGAGGCUAGGAUUCAGCUUUUGUACUCGGAUGCUCAGUCUAUCACUCUCCAGAUUUUUGAUGAUACGGGUCUUUCCUUCUUCUACACUGCGGUUUAUGCUUCAAAUGAUUUGGAUGAAAGAAAGGCCUUAUGGACCUCUCUAAAGGAUACUGAAAUCUCCUUUGGGCUUGAUGGGGAAUCUUGGUUGGUAUGUGGGGAUUUUAAUGAGAUUAUUGAUCCAAGUGAGUCAUCAAAUCCGUCUAUCAUCUCAUCUGCAAGACCUACGAGAGAUUUAGCAGCCGCUUUAUCAACUAUGGGGCUUUUUGACUUGUCGUCGCAAGGGCCUCCUUUCACGUGGUCCACCCAGAGACCAUCUGAUCCCCUUGGCAAGCGUUUGGACAUAUGUUUGAUAAUUGAUCAAUGGCAGCUUGUGUUCCCAACCGGUUACUGCACGUUUGAACCUCCUGAAUUUUCGGAUCACACCCCUUGUCACAUCCGUCUUUUCUCGCUAAAGCCGUCUUUUGGAACUAAGCCAUUUAUGUUUCAGAGUUUUGUUGCCAAUCUGCCUUCCUUUAUCUCCUCAAUGCAGCACAUCUGGGAAGGUAUUCAAUCACGGCCACAAAACCUCUCUUCUUUGAGUUUCAGGCUUAAGGAUCUUAAAAGACCAAUAAAGUCUCUAGCGAAAGAAAAUCUAAGUAACAUUGAGAGACGGGUCGCUGAGGCGAAAGAUUCGCUGGAUUCUAUUCAGUUAUCUGCGCUUACAAACCCCUCUGAAAUUAUUUUCGAGUUGGAGAAGUCUGCUAAAGAUCAGUGGGUUUUUCUAAGGCUAGCUGAAUAA